AUGAUAUGGAACGACACCAGACAACUGUUCGACGUGCUAAAGCACCAAUGGAAAAUCGAAGAUAAAUUAACUAAGGACACGUGCGCAGCACUUUAUCCUGCAAAAAGCGCGCGCAUUAAUACACUGCAAAGGAAAGUUUGCCAGAGGGUCAUGAACGUUUUUCUAUUUAUGGAUGGAAUUCACUGGGACGGGAAAAAAUGGGAACAGCGUAGGAUAUUCAAGCAUGAAGAGGUGCUUGAGGAUUAUCUCAGGUGCAUGUUGGGCAAUGUGGCCAUAGUGGAACUCUUUGGGCAGAACUGCGCACACGCAGACAUUGUGAAGGAUGUUUCCACAGCAAUGAGCGGGUUGCGAAUGUCGUUCCAACAAGUCGAUAAUAGUAAAAAAUGUGAACACAUUCAUUAUAAUGACCUGAGGGUUGGCAGCAAGUUGGUGGGUUUAACCAUGGCAAAGUGGAUGCAAGAAUUGAGAACUGAAGGAAGCAUUUCAACUGAAAGAGGUUCGGCCAAAGGAGGAGUCUGUCCGGGGUCUAAAGGACAACAAGGUACACGCAGGACAGACGCAAGCCAAGCCAGUGUGCCUGUUGCAGGAGUAUUGAAACGUGAAGAUCAGGAACAACUGAAGACAUUCAUCAAUAAGGCGAAGGAUCUGAAAGAACAGGACACAAAGGACUUACUGCAGGAGGUGCUUGAGCAGGGUGGGGAACUGCAGGCAAUAGAAAACAUAUUAGACAAAGUGAAGGACGGGCAGUGGCAACGGGAAAACAAAACAACGAAGAACUCCCGUUCGAAAACUCCACAUGAAAACGCACACUCACCGGGGGAAACACAGGCAACAUCGUCAUCAUCAGGAUCAUCAUCCACAACAACAUCAACAUCACCGGGCACGUCAGCAACCGGUAAUACAGCAAAGGGCAAGGACAAGGACCGGGCGGGCGGAUCAUCCGAGGAUACUAAGACACAGAACCCUGCGGGAGCCGCAGGAUCACAGGGGACCGGAAAGGCAGCAUCACAAGCACCAUCACAGCCUCCUGGAUCACAACCAGCGGGAGCACCAGUAGGAAGGACAGAUACCACAGCCGCAGGAGGAGCAGGUCAAGGACCUGGACCUGGACAACAACCCCCACCACCUGCACCACCGCCAUCCCAGAUUCCCGCUCAGGCGUCACCAAGCGGCACCCGCGUGGGCGGCGAACCGUGCGCAGGAGUCGCUGCAGGAGGCGGACGUGCACGUUCCUCCAGUUCAUCACCCAGUUCAAGUUCCAGCUCUGCUUCUGAACCAGGUUGCACUGGUACUGGUAAUAAAGGAGAUGCCUUGGGAAUAGACCUAGACUUAGGGAAAUACAGGAGGGGCUUAGAAGGAUCAUAUGGACCAGGUAUCAAACCUGAGUCACCAGUAGGGGACUCAAAACCAGCGAUCGAUGACAGCAUCCCCCCCAUCUUCACUGCCAAGGACAUCUUCCUGUCUUCCCCUGUUCUUAUGUUCUUUGCAUCCGUCACUUCCCUUAUCCUGCUCUUUUUCCUUGGCAAGGUAAGCAUACUCACACAACACACAACGCACAAAUAUAACCGAGUGCAAAAUGGACGAACGACUGUUUCCGGCCAUAUUCCACACCCUGCGUCCCCUUGGCCUCAUGUUCCCACCACAAAUAAUCGGGAAACUUAA